AUGUAUGGCUACGAUUCAGCCUUCAUCGGUGGCACGAUCAGUCUACCGCCUUUCCAAAGUGCCUUCGGCUUAGGAAGUAGCUCGGCCGAUCAAAUAGCCAAUCUUUCUUCCAACAUCGUCUCAACGUUCCAAGCAGGCGCCUUCUUUGGGUGUAUCGCUGGCUUCUUUUCCGCCGAAAUAUUUGGGCGGAAGCCCGUCAUCUUGGCCUCAGCCUUGGUCUUCGUCAUUGACAUUGUAUUGCAAUUGAUUGAAAGGAUUGGUCUUCUUUACGGCCGCCGAACCUUGACUGGCCUCGUUAUGGGAGCUUCUUCGACAUUGAUCCCGGUUUAUAUUGCCGAGUGCUCACCAGCCUUUAUCCGUGGGAGGCUUGUUGGCAUUUUCGAGAUCAUGCUGCAAAUGGCACUUGUGUUCGGGUUUUGGGUUAAUUAUGGUGUGGCGCAGAAUAUCUCUUCACAGGGAAAUACGCAAUGGCACGUGCCGGUUGCCGUGCAGUUCGUCCCUGCCGGCUUGCUUCUCAUCACCAUGCCCAUGUUCUGUUCAGAGUCUCCAAGAUGGCUGGUUACCAACAACAGAAAAGCUCAAGCACGAAAGGCUCCGUCAUGGGUUCGAAAUCUGCCUGAAGACCACGAGUAUAUCAGCCGUGAGAUCAUGCAGAUCUAA